UCCGAAUCAACAUCAUCAUGGCUUUGAAAUUGUUGUGGUUAAGUACUUAAUAAUAUUUGUAUCAAGUCUCCAGAAUAUGUCUGACAAGGAUAAGGAUGAAGUACCUGAGAAGUUGGACGAUCUUCGCCAGGACGAUCCCAACCCUGAUGAUUCCAUUGCCACCGGCACUGUUAGCAUAUCGCCGUCCAUCCUGCGACCCAUCAACACCCCCAGACCCGAUAUCUCAAAUGCUCCCUCAGUCGUCGUUUCGUUGCCGGAAGUGGAAGUCGAAAGUGAAAACCUGACCGAAGAAACCGCGCAGCAGCGACUCCGGCGUAGGAUGAGAUUCUUGGAAAUGCGGCGGGAACAUUACAAUAACAUGCUUGAAAACAGUGAACAGUGCCACAUGGAGAGUACCGAGGACGAAGAUCAUAAAGAUCAGGAAGAUAAAAAAGGGCCCAAGUAGAGACAGUUUAUAAUAUUCUUGUUAACUUUGUAAUUGUUUCCGUUUGAUUUAACGCUAUAAAUUAAACGUUAAUUAAGUAAACACUGU